GUGACAAAACACAAAUUAUCCAUUGCCAAAUAUGGAGUGGUUGAUAGACUCGGUUGAGAAAGAACUUGGAAUUGAUCAGAAGCAACUUGCUAUAUCUGAAACUGGUAGUCAUGUAAUCGCUCUUGUAUCUCAAAAAUGGCUUUUGAACCUGAAAGAACGCAGAUCAGUUCCACUGCAAUGCCCUAAGUCUGAAGGAUUUAGCAGUGUAGAAAUUAAGACGUUUCUACAGCGUUCAGUCCAAAAAUUACCUGCUGGCUGGACAAGAGUAGAGAUUCACGGACUGAAAAAAAGUAGGCUGGCCUACUCGUUGGCUUUAAACAAUGGUUUCUUACAAGGACAGAAUGGGGACUCUGCAUCAUUGUUUAGUUUUAUGAACAAUGUGGCAAAUCAAAACUAUAAGAACAUGUGGUACAAAGCCCAAAGGAGGUAUGUGCAGCCCUAUGAAAAUGUAACUAAAGUGCCAAGCAUGCAGGCAUUGGAUGCUUUGAAGCUGUCUCUCCAGAAGGUCUAUGGUUGCCCCUUCAUUGUCACAAAUAAAGCACAUGCCAGUCUGUCUCCUUCCAAAGAAAGUGCCAGUUUUGUUGCCGGGGCUCCUACUUGCCCCAAUAUUGUCCCAGCUGAAGCUUUGCUAGAAUCAUCUGACGUGUUGUAUAUUAUCUUACCAUAUAUGCAGUAUUCAUUAUAUGACGCUAUCACAUUUAGCCCUGCUAAGCUUGCAAACAGUCAUGCCAAAGUACUUUUUAUUCUUUAUAAUAUUCUGCAGGCCAUGAAGGCUUGUCACUUAGGAGGCUUAUCAAGCGGAUCCAUUUCAUUAUGCAAUGUGGCUGUUGACGAAAAACUUUGCGGUCAGCUAAGGCCUAACUUUAUUGAUUAUGAAAGACAAAUUGAUAGCCCAUUGAGUAGUAGAGAAGAGUCAUCAGAUAUCACUGAUCAGGUGAACUCUAGUGGGCCGUGUGUGCCAUGCAACCGUGAGCUGAAAGACAUGGUUAUCGACUGGAUUCAUGGAAGGGUUAGCAAUUUUGACUACCUUAUGUAUCUAAACAGACUUGCAGGCAGAAGACAAGGAGAUCCAAACUACCAUCCAGUCUUACCGUGGGUUGUUGAUUUCACUACCAAAAAUGGUAAAUUUAGAGACCUGAAAAAAUCAAAAUUCCGUCUAAACAAAGGAGACAAGCAGCUGGAAUUCACAUAUGAGAUGACAAAACAGGCAUUUGUAGCAGGUGGUGGUAGUUCAGACCAGUUGCAUGUUCCUCACCAUAUCUCAGAUGUUCUCUCAGAUAUCACAUACUAUGUAUAUAAGGCUAGAAGAACCCCAAAAGCUGUUCUUUGCAAUCAUGUGCGUUCUCAGUGGGAACCAAAUGAAUAUCCAGCAAGCAUGGAGCGUAUGCAGGCAUGGACUCCAGAUGAAUGCAUUCCAGAAUUUUACACAGACCCUACUAUAUUCAAAUCUAUUCAUGCAGAUAUGCCAGAUCUUGACAUUCCAUCUUGGUGCAGUUCAUAUGAAGAUUUCAUAAAUGUACACCGAGCACUUUUGGAAAGCAAAGAUGUGUCUCAGGAUCUUCAUCACUGGAUAGACCUUACUUUUGGGUACAAGUUGACUGGGAAGAAUGCAGUGAAAGAAAAAAAUGUUUGUCUUCACCUGGUGGAUAAUCACACCAACUUAACGUGCUACGGAGUUGUACUGUUGUUUGAUCAGCCCCAUCCCAAACGCCUUAUUGGGCCUAGUUAUUCUCAUUUUGAAGCUCCUGCGGUUGUUACAUCUAGGCAUAGCAUUGUUGAGAUGACUGCAUCUAAUGACAAACACACUGUCAAUGGCCUUGUGCUUGAAGCCACUGCUUGUGAGAGUCCUUGGACCAGGGAUAAGGAGAACACAGCAGAUGAUGAUCUAGAGCAAGGAACUGAGGCUCUUGACGCAUUAGGAAGUUCUGGAAAAGGUGUUGAUCAGGCCACCAUAUCAUCCCUCCAAAUUACUAGCGUCAGUAACUUCUCAGGUGAAAGUAGAGCUCCUCCUGUUAGGUCAAACAGGCCAUUCAAGGUUGCAUCUGAAGAAAAUGGUGGAAAAAUCUCAUUGCCUGAAGGUUUUAAUCCUAUACAAGCUCUGGAAGAGCUUGAAAAACUUGACAACUUUUUAGUUCGAGGUUUGCACAGCACCAUUCUUCCAGUGAUAGAAUCUACAAACAAGCUUCCAAUGAGCCUUUUAGAAUUUUUUGAGAGGGAUAUACAAGCUUUGGGUGUUAUGAUGGCAGAAAUAGUUUUUGCCCCAAGAAUUCACAGUAUGACCCCUAAAUCUCCACUUCUGGAACGAUAUAUUUUAGUCCGCAAUCUCAGCAAACAUCAUGUGAAAGAGAUUCCUACGCCUCUUUUACAGAUGCUUGAUUCUUUGUUAUGGCUACAUGCCUCAGAUGACGAGAUUUUCAGCAUUGUUGAUGGUGAGAGACGGAUCAAAUUGUUUGAAUUCCCUCACAUUUCUAAUGGUCUUCCACCACCAGCUCCCUCCCAGCUCCUGAGUACAUUUUGCUCAACUAUUCCUUUCCCCAAGUACUUCCCUAACUUGCAUAAUUUCAUCUUGACUUAUCAGUCACGAAGAACAGAAGACGACAGCCAAGGUCGGGAGCUUGUGUUCCAGUUGUGGCAGCAAAUCGAUGCAAUUCUUUGUGACAUUACCCCCGAGGGAUUGGAAAUUGUUCUUCCAUUUGUCUUGUCGUUAAUGACUGAAGGAAGUACAGCUGUUUACGCAGCAUGGUACCUUUUCGAGCCUGUGGCCAAAGCUUUAGGACCAAAAAAUACAAACAAAUAUUUACUGAAGCCACUUAUUGCUGCAUAUGAAAACCCUUCAUAUAUUCAUGGAAGAUUUUAUCUCUACACAGAUUGCUUUGUAGCCCAGUUAAUAGUACGUUUAGGCUUGCAAGCAUUUCUCACCAGUUUACUUAAUCAUGUACUUCAAAUACUUGUUGGAGUAGAGAGCUCAGGUGAUGAAGGAAAAUUGUCUGGAACAGCUGAAGAUGAGGAAAGUGGUGGGGAAAGUCCCGUCUCUGGUGAAUUUGGUGAAGGUCGGCAGAAUAGUGUGGACCACAGUGGCUCUUCCCAUGAACUCUUAGACUAUACUUCUGGGGUUAGCUUUCAUGAUCAAGUUUACCUAGCAGAAAAUGAGGACUUUCAAGGGGGACUUUAUGUCAAUGACUCCCUUCACACACAAGAACCUGAGUCUCUCAGCCUUGGAAGGUUAAGUGACAAAAGCAGUGCAAGUGAAGGAGAUGAGAAAGUAGCAGACAGUGACUCCCUCAAAGAAAAAGGGAGCAUGAAGUCUGGCAAUAGUAGUCAGGACUUAAAACAAAGUGAGGAGUCUGAAGAAGAGGAAGAGCGGGAUUCUUCCCCCGGUCUUUCAGAAUUAACCCUUUCAGUCAACACGGAUGCAUCACCUGAUACAGUUGUAGCCAAUGAAAACCAAGAACUGGAAGAGGAUGAACCUGAUUUAAAUAAUCAGACAGAAGAAAAAGAACAGAAGAUUUUAAUAGAUACAGCCUGUAAGAUGGUAAGGUGGCUUUCGGCCAAACUAGGUCCAACUGUGACCUCCCGCUGCAUUGCCAGGAAUCUGCUACGAUUACUCACAUCCUGUUAUGUUGGUCACCAGAGACAUCAGUUCCUGUCUAAUGUGGAGGAGAAUAGUCCACCAAAUGUCAAGAGGCCAGUGUAUGGUGAUCAGGUGUCUAGGCCUGUGCUAGACUGCCUUAUGCAUAUGGCUCAUCUCUAUGGAGAACCUUUUCUUACCUAUCAGUAUCUGCCUUACAUAAGCUACCUGGUGGCUCCUAGCAGUGGGUGCAGACUGAACAGCCGCAAGGAAGCUGGUCUCCUAGCUGCUGUCACCUUGACUCAGAAGAUCAUCAUCUACCUUUCAGACACUACUUUGAUGGACAUUUUACCCAAAAUUAACCUGGAUGUCCUACUGCCAGUUUUAAGCUUCCUGACUUCCACCACUGUUGGGUUCCCAAAUGGCCCUCAGGCGCGUCUAGCUUUGUGUGUUAAGUGCAGCAACCUUAUUUCCCUCAUCUGCCUGCGAAUAGGGAGCGAAAUGGUCCAGCAGCAUCUUGGUGAUGCUCUCAGAAUCUUCUUCAGCAACUUCACUGUAAUGCAGGAAAUCCAUCAGCAGGGCCUGUCUGCAGAGAUAACAAAUGGUCUGGAGCCAUGCGUAAAAAGUGUCCACUGCUCAGAUGGAAAAAUCUUACCUGUGGACCUGACUUUAACUGAGGAACUGGAAAAAGUAUACAGUGCAGAGAUGGCAUAUGCCACAUUCAUCCCAUUUACCUGUCUCAUAGGUGAUGUUAUUAACCAUUUGGUACCAAACCAUGAUUUAAUAUGGAAGCUUACAAUGGUUUAUCAAGAAACUGUUAUUCCAAAAGGGAUUGACAAUCGGUCACCGCCCUGCGAGUACACCAGUAGAACAAGCUUCUCUCUUCACAGGUUUGAGGAAGACGGUCAGUCUGGCACUUUUGGAAGCGUCAUGGUUGGAAACCGCAUUCAGGUACCAAAAGACAGCCAGCCAUCACAGUCAAAGUCAACCUGUCGCAGCCCUGUAGCCGAGAACUUCCAGUGUGACGAUAACACCCUUAAACAGGACCUUCAGAAAAGUGCCCAUGGGCUAUGUGGAAACUGGCUGGCAUACUGGCAGUAUGAGAUUGGUGUGAGCCAGCAGGAACCUCAUUUUUACUUUCACCAGAUCAAGCUACAGAGUUUUAUAGGCCACUCUGGAGCAAUCAAAUCUGUUAAACCUCUUAGCGGAGAAGAUUUCUUUCUAAGCGGCAGUAAGGACAAAACGGUGCGGUUGUGGCCUUUGUACAACUAUGGCGAUGGCACCCGGGAGAUUGAACCACGUCUUACUUACACGGAGCACAAGAAGACGGUGUUCUAUGUAGGCCAGCUGGAAUCUGUGCAACAAAUUGUGAGCUGUGAUGGAGGAGUAUGCAUAUGGGACCAAUAUUCAGGUAAAACCAUUCGUACCUAUGAGGCUGGAGAUACGAAGGUGCCCAUAACAGCUGUGGCGACAAUGCCUCCACCUUAUUGCAGUGUCACAUUUGCAAGCUCUGACUCAAUGCUUCGUUUUAUUGAUCCUCGGAAACCAGGACUACAGCAUGAAUUCAAGCUAGCCAGCAACAUGAAUGCAGGCCUCAUCCGUUACCUGGCAGUCAGCCCCAACGGUCGCAGUGUUAUUGCAGGUUAUUCAUCUGGAUUCAUUAUACUGCUGGACACCAGGACUGGUCUGGUUCUACGAGGGUGGCCAGCACAUGAGGGCGACAUCCUUCAGAUGAAGGCAGCAGAAGGAAAUAUUGUGGUGAGUGCCUCCUCUGACCAUUCCCUGACCGUCUGGAAGGAAUUGGAGCAGAAACCGUUACAUCAGUUCAAAUCAAACUCUGACCCCAUUCAUGCUCUUGAUCUGUACGGCAGUGAAAUUAUAACCGGCACUGUGGCAAACAAGAUCGGCAUUUAUUCUCUCCUGGAUUCUUCUUCACAACCGAUUACCACAACUAAACUCAGCUCCGAGAACUUCAAGGGCACCUUGACCAAUCUUGCUGUCCUGCCGACCAAGAGACUUCUACUCUUGGGCUCUGAUAACGGCAUCAUUCGUCUUCUUGCCUGAUGUAAAUUUUCAUUUUGUCGAACCACAGCAACUUCAUCUUGACCAUGGUGUUGCAAAACUGGAUCUGAAAAGCCAUAAACGUGUUACCAAUAUGUAUGAACAUUAUCCAUAGCUAGAUCAGUUACAUUUUGUUUUGUGGCAGGAGAAUGUAGUUCUGUAUUGUGUAUCCAGGAAGUAUUAUACACACAUUUGGUACAGCAAGCUU